UUUUGCGACUGUGCAACUGGCAGCCAAGCCUUUGAUUGCACAUCCGUUAUUCGCGAACGACAACAAACAGACAUAUCACGCGGCGAUCACAAAUAGUCCGACCUAGUUGUCAUUUCCUGCCAUCGACGGCUCGCCUAUCAGCUUAGAGAUUUUUAAAGUGCUUCUAGUACGUGGUUAAAACCUGGUCCGAUUUUCGCCAUUGCACAACAACAAGAGAAAGAGAUGGGAAAACAGAAGGAAUACCGAAGCAACCCGAACAAGAGGAGACGAGUUCGAGUCGUCCCGGAGUGGAAGGAGAAAGGUCUCCCGCCUCCGGAUGAAUACUAUGACGUCACAAAUAAAAAACAGGAUUAUGGAGACGUUGACCAAGAGAAGGCACUGGAAUUGAUUAACGCCGUGCGGGAAAGCGACAUGUUGGGCGUACGUCGUUUGGUCCGCGCAGGCGCCCGGAUCAAUUGUCCCAUGGAUGGAGGAUGGACUGCGUUACACCACGCCGCCGUGGGUGGCCAACUUGAUAUUGUCAGGUACUUGGUGAUACGAGGCGCUGACAAAACGAUGAUGACGAAUGACGCUAAGUUGGCCGUGGAUCUAGUCAACGAUAACUAUACGGAGAUUACGGAAUUAUUGCGCUGAGACGAAAGAUGGAGUCAUAGUUUUGUUAGUACAUUGUAUAUAUAAGCCAGGGCAUGUUGACGAACAUGAAGCAUGGCGCCACCUGAGGGGUCACUGGUUGGUUACCGGACAGGAGUGUUCAUCUACUUUCAUUUUUUAAAGGACAUGUUUUGUUAACGUUGGAAUUCCUGGCUUGCCGAACUAAUUCACAAACGUGUGUUCUGAAUCAGAGGCUUAAUAAUGGAUAUAUGG